AUUUCGGUUUUCGCAGUAAGCCCCCUGUUUGUGCUUUGCUUACGAAUAAGUUGUUUCUAUUCUGUUCUAUUCGAAGUCGCAGGAAAAGCUGAUACUAAUAACAUAAAGUAAUUGCAUUGAUAAGCUACAAUGUAUGGAGUGUUUAUCGCUUAUAUAUUUUCCUUGUGUUUAUUUUUAUCAAGAAGCGAGUUAAAUUACACAAUAUUUCGUUCAGCGGAUGACCACCACUUGAAACUAAAAUUCGACGGAUCGAUAGAACUAUCUGGAUCGGACGAACAGAAUAUUGUGUCAGACAAAAUCGACCGCCUACCGUUCCUUGGUGGUAUUAAUGAUGUUCAAUAUGACAACGCGGUGUCAGACAGAGACAGCGAUAUAAUGAGUGAAAAGGGAACUGAAGUAAGGACGGCGGAUAUUUACGAAAUCCAGGACUCUUCGAUAGAUGGCAGUGCAGAGAUGUCGGAGUUGAUGAGGGAGAACAGUAAUUUAUUUGAGUCAGUAAGAAUAGAAGAUACGGAUAGUUUAGACGAGAACAAUAGAGAGUUUACGAAUAACUAUGGCAGUGCAGAGAAGUCAUCAUCGGAGGGGGAAAGCAAUGGUUCACCCCAAACUGGUCCACAAUGGUUAAGAGCAGAAUCAAAUGAGACAUCAGAUUCUAUAGAAUAUCAGGUGUAUGACGACAGUGCAGAGAAUAGAGCACGGAACAAAGAGCACAAUCCUAUACCUAUUUCAAUAAAGAUAGGAGUUAAGGAUGUACAAGCUAAGAUGUACGGCGGCGGUUUGAAGAAUUCGGCAUUGGGAGGAACGAGCAACGAGCCAUUAAGAGCCGGAGUCAAUGAGACAUCAGAUAUUUCCGUAGCUCAGGACAAUGGUGUGGACAGUCCGUCAGACAGAUAUUUACAAUUAUUUGGGAAUGAAGACAAACAGAAGAAUGUCACCAACUCAGUGUUCGUUCCUACUGAUUAUUCGCUCCGCCUUACGACCAGAGCCACUAGCCAGAGCACGACCAAAUUCAAGCGCCACAAGGUUCAGGACGAUGACAGGAUACGGAAGUUUACUGCGCAUGUAUAUGAACAGGCUUUGAAGGUUUUCGAAGCAAUGAAAAAGAAAACGGACCAAUACACGGCAAAGAAGAUCGACUCGUUGGCCGAGACCUACAAGCAGAAAUUCACGGAGUUUGUAAAAAAUACUAGAAAUGUAGACAUUAAAACCAGACAAGGAACCCAGAACGUUAUCCUGCAUACCAUAGACACUUCUAACCUGAUUUUGGAGAGGAUUGUUAAUUUUCUGAAGACCGAUAUGCUUGGCGAAGGUACAAGUGCGUUGAGGCAAGGCGGCGCGUCACGGCUGCAAAAAGAAGUGGACACGGUGAAAUCGUUGGAGCACGAGCAUGCUUGCAAAAUGUUUGGGAUUUGUCAUAGUGCUAACGGAUUCAGAUUCAAACUACAAAACAUCAUAUCAACACUUAUCUCACUCCCAGACAACAAGCUCCUUCAAGCAAAUGACGCAGCCACCGAAAUACUAAAAGACGCCGACUUGUCAGCCUUCAUAUCAUCCUAUGUCACCCUCAAUCGAGUCGAAAAAGCAAUCAGAUCUUUAGAAAAAGCAGACGCUAUAACGUUGAGAAAGAACUUAGAAGUAUUAUUCGGCGUUUUAAGCCUAUCGCACUUGCCUUUAAUUGUAGAUAAAGGUAAAACAUUUGAAAAGCGUUCUGUGAAACGAACUGUAGCAUUCCACGGUCUUUUAGAUGCUUUGGAAGACGCUUUACCCCCUACUGAGGCUAAUAAAUCGGAGUGGGGGGAUAUUUUGAACCGUUUGAAGAUAUGGAAAGAUGGGGGAGUGUCGGACGUGCAGGAAACGUUGAAAAUGUUGUUUGAUCAUGUUAAUAGGGGCGCGCAGAAGUAUAGGGAAAAGUCGGAGAAGAUUAGAGAACUGGUUGAAGAUGUUGCUGAAAGUUGUUGAUGAUGAGUAAAUGUAUAUUUUAUUGUU